UGAACUAGAACUUGCAACUUAGACAGAAGCAAAGCAACAAACAAUAUAAUGGCUAUGAGAAGAACUCUCUUUAGCUUCUUCUGCUUUCUUUUUAUCAAUUUGUUUGCUUUAACGAGCUCUGCUGCAAUUCCAGCAAAACGGUUUUAUGGUCCAUUUAAUAAAACAGCAUUUCCUUCUGACUUUGCUUUUGGUGCUUCAUCUGCUGCUUACCAGAUAGAAGGAGAAGCUCUUAAAGGAGGCAGAGGACCAAGUAUAUGGGAUACUUUCACUCGCCAACACCCAGAAAAGAUCUUUGACCGUUCGACUGGAGAUGUUGCUGUUGAUUUCUAUCAUCGGUAUAAGGAAGAUAUUCAAUUGCUUAAGGAACUGGGAUUCAAAGCUUUCAGGUUGUCUAUCUCUUGGUCUCGGAUUUUACCAUAUGGGAAGGUAAGCAAAGGAGUGAAUCCAGAAGGCAUUAAAUUUUACAAUAAUGUCUUCAACGAACUUAUCUCUAAUGGUAUUACUCCAUUUGUGACUCUAUUCCACUGGGACACACCACAAGCCCUUGAAGAUGAAUAUGGAGGGUUUAUGAGCUCACAAAUUGCGAAAGACUAUGGUGAUUUUGUGGACAUUUGCUUCAAAGAAUUUGGAGAUAGAGUGAAGUAUUGGAUCACUUUGAAUGAGCCACUCUCUUAUAGUAUGAAUGGAUAUGCAAAAGGAACCUUUGCACCAGGAAGAUGUUCUAAUUUUGUAGGAAAUUGUACAAAGGGUAACUCUGGAACUGAGCCAUAUAUUGUGGCUCAUAACUUGCUUCUUGCCCAUGCAACUGGUGUUAAGGUGUACAAAGAAAAAUAUCAGAAAACUCAGAAAGGCCAGAUAGGAGUUACUUUGGUCACUCACUGGUUUGUGCCCAAAAUCAACACACCUCAAGGACUCAAGGCUCCAAUAAGAGCUCUUGACUUUAUGCUUGGGUGGUUUUUGGAUCCAAUAACAUAUGGUGACUAUCCAACAAGCAUGAAAGCUAUUGUAGGGCGUAGGCUCCCAAAAUUCACACCAGAGCAAUCAAAGUUAGUGAAAGGAUCAAUGGAUUUCUUAGGAAUUAAUUACUAUACUACAUAUUAUGCUUCUCCUAUGCUUUCCAUCAAUAGGCUUAACCUCAGCUACACCACAGACAAUCUUGCUGAUCUUACAACACAAAAGGACGGAAAACCUAUUGGCACACCGACUGCUUUGGAUUGGCUUUUCAUUUAUCCAAGAGGAAUCUAUGGUCUUAUGCUUCACAUCAAGAAUAAAUACAACAAUCCUCCCAUCUACAUCACUGAAAAUGGAAUGGCAGAAGCCAAUAAUAACGCAUUGUCACUUAAAGAAUCUCUUAAUGACGACACGAGGAUUAAGUAUUAUGAGGGUCAUCUAUGGUUUCUAUCAAAAGCUAUAAAGGAUGGAGCAAAUGUAAAAGGACAUUUUGUGUGGUCAUUUUUAGAUGACUAUGAAUGGGAUGCUGGUUUUACUGUCCGAUUUGGCCUCACUUUUGUUGAUUACAAAAAUGGACUGAAGCGAUACCAUAAGAAAUCUGCUUAUUGGUACAAGGACUUUCUCUUGUAUACCGGCAAAUAAAUAAUCUCACUCUUCUAGUGGCUCGAACUUAUGGCGAGAUUGAUUUUUUGUUCGAAGUUCAAGAGAAAGGAGAGGGACCACCGUCCAAUAAUGGUGAUUUUACAAAUGUAUGAUCACACGAGUGGCUAGUACCUUCUCGAAAAUAUCGAACCUGAAAUUCACUUUCCAUUGGACUUUUUAACUUUCAAAUCAGCCACUUUUCUACAUGUUCUUAUUUUUGUGAAUGUGUGCAUGUCAUUGUACUUCUGGCAGAGUUUAUGUUGCUGUUGCACUUUGUGUUACAGAAAAAUAAUGUAAUUUACUAUUGUGUGUUCAGAAAUAAGAUUGGAGCUCCUCCUAUUAGUUAUACACUUGUUUGCUUAUGGAAAAAA